CCAAGCGGGAAAUGCUCUUUAGGGAAAAUAACGAGCUACUUUAUGUUCACGGCGUUCUCGACGGCCCAUCGGGUGUAGUGGCCCGCUUAUGUACGAAACCAGGCAAAGAUGGUAACGGCGUUCGCACGUCGAAAGGCAGCUGUAAAACCUAUCGUGGAUUUAAUAUACGCAAUUGCAAAUUCGGAGCCUGCAGUCAAAAACUCUUUCAGAAAACCUGCAACCGAGGCAUAACUCAUAUUACGUUUAUCCCAGAACACGGAACUCAAAAUCCCGUUGUAGACUUUUUACACGAAAUGCCCUUCGUUGGAAUAGCGUGUGUCGGAGGCAAUUUGACUUUAAGGGAGUUGCUAUCAUAG